AUGGCUCCAGCCCCUAUCGUUCCCCCUUCAGAUGAAGGGGUCUUAUCCCCGGGAUCCUCUUCAGUUGUCGCCGAGUUCCUAAAGUCGAUAAAACGGACAACGCCAUCUAAUAUCAAGGACUUUCUUGAGCCCAGAAAUAUCCCGACGAAAUCACUCGAAACUAAUAUGGAAGGGACAAAGAUUCUCGCUGCCCGAGAUAAGGAACCUACCACGCCUCUACCUGUCUAUGGCGAAGGGGCGAUCGAUCCGCAUAGCAUCAACAUGCAAGGCAUGCUGGCACUUUUUGCCCUCCUUGGUGCAGCGCUUGUUAUUGCAGCAAUUUGGUUCUUUUUCUGGGCGAAAAAUGGAGGGUUUAUCUGGCGAGAAAACGACUGGGAUGAUUAUAAAUCAACAGUAUUACGACGAAAGGGUCCUGAUGGCCGAACGCUUUCCAACGCCACGAAAAGUACUGCCCUUGGUGGAGGAAGUAUUGUUGCCAGAGAAUACCGAGAUUAUGAUGACGCCACCACCGCUAUGGAAACGGAAACCGUUGCAACGGGUAAAACGGGUAGAACGAGAAGAGGAUUCAUUGCUAUGAAGAAGAAACUGUUGCGUCGACAGAAGGAGUCCGACUGGGAAGGCGGCCACGACGAAGAUAUGCGGGCGUACCGCCACGAGAAGCCUGCGCAAGUUGGUGGCAUGAAUCGUGAAGCUGAUGGAACAUACCAUGGCUCUGACUUUACCCCUACCAACACACACACCAACACACACAAUGCAGGUAGCGAAGCUGGAUAUACCUAUACUUAUGAUGAAAAGAGCCAAUGGACACAGAGCCAGGCCGGUUAUACCAAUAAGUACGAAGAGAUGGAUAUUUCCAGGGGUCGGAACGCGUCUGGCUUUUCCUUCGUUGCAGGUGAAGAUACCGUCUCCCAUGUAACAGAGGAGCAACGACCUCUUCGAGAACCUUCUCCACCUCCGCGUCGCCGGGACACCGACCACCGUCGUACUGCUGGUAGUCGUACUGAUGCAAGCCGUACGGAAGCGAGUCGCUCUGAUGUUAGUCGCUCUGAGGCUAGCCGCUCAGAGGUUUCGGAUACUGAACGUCGCUCCCGCCAUGCCCGGCACUCCCAACGCCCCCGUGGACCUAGAACGAGUACCAGCAACAACCGGCAGUCCACCUCUCGCAAGCGCACUUCAAUGCCCGGCAGCUAUACUGAGCCACUCGACAUGUCUGAGUACUCCUAUCAGCAUCUUGACGGGUCUGACAACGGCACCAGCAACAUGAGUUAUCAUCAGCCACUCCCCGCCCUCAGCAAAGGAUAUCGUCGUACUGGGCGAGGUAGACGCCGAGAUAGCUUGAGUGACAGCGACGGAGAGUAA